AUGGGUGUAACAAGUAAUGGGGAGAUUGACGAAGAUGUUACUCAUCGUAUACAAACGGGUUGGCUUAAGUGGCGCGCAGCAACCGGGGUGCUUUGUGAUGAAAAGUUUUCUAGUAGAUUAAAAGGUAAAUUUUACCGCGUUGCAAUUAGGCUAACUUUGUUGUAUGGGACAGAAUGUUGGCUCGUAAUGAAGGUUUUCGAACAGAUGAUGGAUGUUAUAGGUAUGCUGAGGGGGAUGUGUGGGCACACAAUGAUAGAUAAAAUUAUAAAUCAGGAGUUUAGGGAGAAGUUAGGGGUUGUACCUCUCUCUGCAAAGAUGCGUGAGAACAGGCUGAGAGGGUUUGGAUAUGUGCAAAGAAAAACAUAUGACGCCCCAGAGAGAAGGAUCGAAGAAUCAUGGUAG